ACCAUAACUUUCUCACGGCUUCCUCAACCAAAGAGAGUGAGAUGAGAGAUGAGACGCUUCUCCAGUUACUAACUUUUCACUCCUAACACAUCGCAGCUGAGCGCGGUGGAUCAACGGGAUGGAAGAUAAGACACCAAGCCGCUGUGCCCCUCUCCCUCUCUGCGCUCUGCGCCUCCUGGUGCCACCGAUCCGACUGGUCUCGGCGGCCAUCUGGCAAACCGUCCAGCAGAAGGUCGUGGCCGAUUAUGGGAUGCUGGAGGAGUUUGUUUCCGUGGUUACAGACAUCGUUCCAGAGCUGCUCACCCCACGCCAGAGGGCCCAACUCAUCAUGGGCCUCAGAGCGCGGCUGAUCCUGGAGUUAUGUCAGUUCGAAGCUACUGCCGACAUCGGGCUCGUCCAGCCGCACCUGGACCGAGUGCAGACGCUCAUCGAGACGUGGGUGAUGGAGGGAUGUGCCUCAAAUAUGAAAGUGCCACAUUCUAAAUUCGUGGAUCUAAUCAAGGACUUGCUGAAAAAUCGUGACGCAAGAGAACACUUCUUUCAGGAAGUUUUCCCCGUAGAGUUCGGUCCCACUUAUGACGACGCACUCCACGACCUCAUGUGGUUGUUUCUGUCCCGGCUCGAGCGCUUCCUCCCUUUCCAAACCUUCCAACAGGUGUCCUCCAUGUUUGGCGAGGCGUCGUCGGUCCUCGAUGAGUGUAUGGACUCUGUGUCUCGAUGCCAGGAGCUGAAGACCCUGCUGCAGUAUCAGAAACACGUCCACCAACUGGAUCCCGAUGAUGGUUCCUUGGACGGGUCCUGCAUUAUUUCCGCUCUCAAACUCGCCCUCGAAGAAAGAACUGCGACCGAUAAACCACGAGCUGACAUCUCGGAUAACACGCCAUCCGAUGUGGAGGCGGGCUCUUUGACAUCAGCCACAGCAGACCAGACGCAGGUGGAUGAGACCAGUGUGACUCCUGGGGCAGAGGGAGCGGCGGGGCGUCCGGGAGGCGCUCCGAGCCGCGAGGAGAACGCGGUGCUCGCUGAAAGCCGGGCGCAGAAGCCGCCUGGGUUUGUCAAACAGUGCCGCGUUCAGCUCAAACGACUGGACCUGCCGCCGCUGCCGCCCCGCCGCCGCCCCGCGAGACCGAACCGAGGCCUGAGGAUGGAAAAGAUUCUGCUGGAAGAGAAACGAGGUCUUCGUGAAGAGGCGGUGAGGAAAGCAGAGCCCGGCGGUCGGGCUCGUCCACACAGCGACGAGCCGGUCGGCUCCUCCCACAUGGCUCCCGUCGACAGCGACGACUCGUGGUCCUUCUACUCCGGCGAGGACUCGUGCCGCGAGGCUGCAGGCGGUGUCAGUGCGGCGGAUUCGUGGUCCGACGACUCGGGUGACGGCUCUCCGUCGGUGGCUCCCGUCGGUGGCUCUCCUGAGGGGGGUUCGAAUGACCCUUCCUUUACGGGUCCCAAGAAGGUAUCGGCUUCCGGCAGAAAGCGCGGCGUCGCCGCCGUUCCCAAAAAGACCCGUAAAGCCCAGUGUUGCAUCUGCAACGAGGCCGUGAGCGCGGGCCUGAGGACCCACAUGGAGACCCACUUCCCCUCCGGCGACUACGCCUGCCCCCGCUGCGACAGCCGCUUCAAGCUGUUCUCGUCGCUGAGGCUGCACGUGAACCGGACCUGCUUCGAGCACGGGCGGCGGGGGCGGCGGCGGCGGCGGGCGGAUCCGGCCGCGCCGCUUUUCGAGUGCGACGAGUGCGGCGAGGCCUUCGGGUACGGCGUGUCCCUGGAGAGGCACAAGCGGACGCACGACGGCCUCUACUGCGAGGUGUGCAGGAAGGUGCUGCGGGACCCGGCGACGCUGGCGCGGCACAAGUCCUCCCACACGGCGUUCCAGUGCAACCGCUGCGAGGAGACGUUCGCCCUCUUCAAGCCGCUGCUCCGGCACUGCGAGAACGUCCACCGCAUCGGGAGGCCGUUCCAAUGCAACUACUGUCCCAAGGCCGUCGGCAAGCUGCGCGCGCUGAUCGCCCACGAGUGGAAGCACACGGGCCACCUGCCGUUCCGGUGCGCCCUGUGCAGCGCGAGGUUCAAGAGCGACGCGGCGCUCGCCUCCCACCAGCUCGUCCACACGAGGGAGAGGCCCUACCUGUGCGCCGAGUGCGGCAAGACGUUCUCCCAGAGGUCCAACCUGCUGCGCCACCUGACUUUCCUUCACAGCGAGGCUCGAAACGGGAAGAGUUACUCCUGCAGAGAGUGCGAGAAGUCCUUCAAGGACAAAGGGGCCCUGAAGACGCACCAGAAGGCCCAACACCGGCGCCAGCGGCUCCGCCACCCGUGCCCUUCCUGCGGGAAGAUGGUGUCCGCGUCGUCGAUGGCGAGACACAAACUGAUCCACACGGGCGAGAAGCCUUUCGGAUGCACCGCGCCCGACUGCGACAAGGCCUUCAGGUCGGCGUCCGAGGUGAAGCGGCACGUCCUCGCGCACCACACCACGGAGAGGCCGUUUAGAUGCGACGCCUGUGGCAAGGGCUUCAACAGGGCGUGUUACCUCAACGCACACGCGAAGACGCACUCGGCGGAGAAGCCGUUUGUGUGUCAUUUCUGCGGCAAGGCGUUCCCCAAGCGCUACAACAUGCAGCGGCACAAGCAGCUGGUCCAUGCAGCGGUAACGCAUUAGCCCCGCCCACCCGCUGUGCACUGACCAGUGAUUCAUUCACUUUAUUGACUUUUACAAACUGGUUUGUAUUGAGACGUAAUGUUUUUAUUAAAGCCUUAUCAAGAAAAACUUAGAAACCAUAUAUUUGAAAAUGAAAUAAAAAUACAAUGUACAUAA